GCUAACUCACUGUCUGUGAAGAAUUCAUUCAUGAAAUGGCGGUAACGGGUUAACGGGCAGCCUCGUGUGUCAGUGUUUCUCAAACCAGCCGACCUGCUCAUUCGAAUGAAUUCUUGGAAAUUCACACACCUAAAUUACACACGUUGCGUUACGCGUAUCUCCCGCGGUUUUAUCAAUUCCGAUAAGAGCGACUCUAGGCAUUGCGAUACGCUCUGCUUCGUAUUGCGCUGUGUCACCGUCCUCUACGUACAAUUACCGUCAAUGUAAAUAUGAUUGUGCGUUUGCACCCUACCAUUGUGCCAUACGUCAACGAUGAUUGAGCGUCGACUACGCUACUCGCUGCGCACACGACCGUCCGCCUAACUUAGUAAACUGCUCCCUCCGUCUGAGAACUUUAGUGUGUCGCUUCCUUUGGCUGAAUAAACACGUCCGUCGGGUAAGUGAUACGUUUACACACCCGUGAAUGCGAAUUCUCGCUUGCUCUCGCGCGAUUUAUCACGUCAAGACGCUCCAGAUUCUCUUAUCGGUUUUCACCUGAAAGGAUCACGACAGGCGCGUGGCGUCGUGUCGGCCAGAGGCAGCCAGCAUGGAGUACAACGACACGUUGCUGAUACCAGGCCAACGCAUACGUCCGCCCGUGACGGAGGAGAUCGCGGCGGGCCUGCUAGAGCGUCUGUACGGCAUGAGGGCGACGAGCGUGCGCGAGCUCGAUGCUUACGACGACCGCAAUUAUCACGUGCUGUGCGAGGAGACGCACGCGAACCCGCACGUGGCCAGCCCGGAGAAAGCCGGCUACGUCCUCAAGGUGAUCAACUCGCUGGACUCCCGCAAGACCGGCGUGAUCGAGGCGCAGAACGAGCUGAUGAUCUUCCUCAAUCAGCGGGACAUAUGCUGCUCGUUGCCAGUGAAAAAUCUAAACGGCGCCUAUUUUUCCUUAGAGAAGCUGAGAAGCGACAGUACGGAGAGGUACGCCGUGCGGCUGUUGGUUUACCGGCCCGGCGAGCUUCUUCAUCGCGUGAAAAUGACCGGCGAACUGCUGCGCAAAGUCGGCGGCUACGCCGCCAAGAUCGACGAAAUCCUCGUAGGCUUCGACCAUCCGGCUUACUAUGACCACAGAACGCUGUGGAUGCUCACCUCGAUACCAAAACUGCGGCAAUUCACGCACGCGCUCAAGAGCUCACUGGACAAGCAGCUGGUGCACGAUGUGAUCGUCAGCUUCGAGAAGAAGGUGCUGCCGGUCACGGACCAGCUCGAACAGGGAGUCAUACACGGCGACCUGAAUGAACACAACAUCAUCGUGAGCCCUGACGGCGAAGACAUAGUCGCCGUGAUUGACUUCAACGACUCGCAGAGGACUUGCCGCGUCUUUGAGCUCGCUAUCGUUCUCUGCUACAUGAUCCUGCAAGCGGUCGACGUGGGGAUGGGCAAGUACGUCGUGGAGGGCUAUGAGCGAAUAAAGAAGCUGAGCGACGUGGAGAAGAGGAUUCUCAAGGUCAGCGUGUGCGCCAGAAUGUGCCAGAGCCUGGUGAUGGGCGCUUACGCGCAUCUGCACGACCCGCAGAAUCAGUAUCUGUUGUCCACGCAGAAAACCGGCUGGACGUUGCUGAAGAGACUCUGGCCCAUGCAUCAAAACGAUGUGAUGCAGGCCUGGGGCUUGAGCAAUUCCUAAACGGACACUCAUGAGCGAUCAGCCGAUUAAUUUGUCGAGUUACGCGAUACGGCAGACGAUGGUAACGAGUUAUUCUUGGGAACAGCCUGACGCACAUUUUUCUGAAAAUGUCAAACUAAUUAAUUGGAUUCCGUUUAUUUCGGGCCGCCGCUUCUUGUCACGAAUUAUCUGGACAACAGAUUGAGAGAGGUGACCCUGGUCGCCAGCAGAUUGAAUGAUCGAAUCAAAUCAACACGAAUCAAACGCAGAGUAGUUCACAACGCAAUAUCACAUUUGACACAAUCGUAAUUGUCGAUAGAUAGCAUUUACUUCUUUGUAACAGUAAUUUUACGUCAGUGAAUUUGCGUCUAAGGACGCGCGCUGGCUCACCUACCAUCAGUACAUUAAGGCGUAACAAUGGUCAAUUACGGAAGCAAUAAUUCUACGAUAUAUACAGUCGAUUAUAUGUACGACGGUUUGUAAGAUAUUUGAAAAUAUAAAAUAUAAAUUUCAAAGAAAGA